AGCUAAAACAACGAGAUUCCCGAGUAGCCCGAAACGUGAUUAAUAAAUCAACAUGAACACAAUCAAAGACGGUUGGUUCAGUGAAAUCAGUGAAUUAUGGCCUGGACAAGCCAUGUCGCUUCAAGUAGAAGAUGUAUUAUUUCAAGAAAGAUCAAAGUAUCAGGACGUAUUGGUUUUCAAAAGUAAAACUUACGGAAAUGUGCUGGUUUUAGAUGGGGUUAUUCAGUGUACAGAAAGAGAUGAAUUCUCAUACCAAGAGAUGCUGGCCCAUCUACCCUUGAACUGUCACCCAAAUCCAAGAAAGGUGCUGAUUAUUGGGGGAGGAGACGGUGGGGUGCUGAGGGAGGUGGUCAAACACCCAGAGGUCCAGUCUGUGGAGAUGUGUGAAAUUGAUGAGAAAGUUAUUGAGGUGUCCAAAAAGUAUCUGCCAAAGAUGGCCAUUGGUUUUGAGAGCUCAAAAUUGUCACUGCAUAUUGGUGAUGGAUUUGAAUACAUGAAGAAGCAUCAGGGAGAAUUUGACGUCAUUAUUACCGACUCCUCAGAUCCAAUAGGACCUGCAUCUUCUUUGUUUGAGAAGUCAUAUUAUGAAUUGAUGAAGAAUGCACUUCGCCCAGGGGGCAUUGUCUGCUGUCAAGGGGAGUGUUUAUGGCUUCACAUUGAUCUAAUUAAGGGGAUGCAAGACUUUUGCCGUGGUCUGUACCCAGUUGUAGACUAUGCUUACACCACAAUACCCACCUACCCCAGUGGUCAGAUAGGGUUCAUUCUCUGCGGACUUAACUCUGAUGCUAACUUUAAGGAGCCUGUCAGAAAAUUCACCAUUGAGGAGGAGAUCAAAUUAAAGCUCCAGUACUACAAUGCUGAUGUACACAGAAGUGCUUUUGUCCUGCCUCAGUUUGCAAGAAAGGUGUUGAAGGGAGAGAGUGUAGGGAAUGGGCCAAUUAACAGCCAGUAGUCACGAGACCAUCACAAAGAAGACACACUCAUAUUCAUUGUUUCAACAUUUUACUUGUAACAAUAGAAUUGUGCUAUAUGCCUCAGGUUAACAGUCAAUUGCUGGCACAUACUUUUGGGUAUAAAUCACAACAUUCAAUUAAAAGUUUCAUUGUAGGAUUCUUUAUAAUUAUAUAUACAGAGAUCUAUUUUUAGUCAGUUGCUUAAAGAUAUCACUGCCACUAUUUUUGUCUUUAAAUUUUUACAAAAUCUUUAAAAAAUGUGGAACUCCAUGUACCAGAAAUCAAUAUUUUUUGUUUCACAGACCUUUUAUUUGUAAAUAAACUUGGUGAAAUGGGCAUUUGAAAA